CUCCUAUUUAUUUCUCUGUGUGUGUGUGUGUUCCUAUCAGGAUAACUAAAUAAGUUUUCUAUCUGAAUUGUUGUGAUUUGUGGGUGUCUUGGUUAGUGAGUUAUGGGUUCAUUCAGUUGUGUUGUGUAAUUGGCUUUUACAGUGUCUUGUGGCUUGUGCCUUGAUGCGAAGGAGAGGUUGUUUACAUUUCUUUUGGUGUCGCUGUCUUUUUGUGGAUGCAAUUUGCUGUUGAGGGGUGUAGUUUUUAACUAUGUUGUUAAUUCUUUGGAAAGUAUUCAUAGUCUUAUGUUGUUGGGGGUGGCUUGUGUCUUGAGAUUUUUCUGUUGGGGUGUCUUUCAUUUUUUAGGGUUGUCUGAUCUAGUGAGAAGAAUUGUUUUUUACCAAUAUUAACUUGGUUAAAUAAUUUAUUUUUGAAUUAAAAAAAAUUAUGAUUUGUGGAUUCAAUUUUUUUGUAAAUUUAUCAAUGGCUAUCAUCAUUCUAUCUUACUAUUACUUUUUUUUUGAAACAGGAACUACCAUGGAUUCAAACAUUGCGAAUGAUAAGUUUUUGAGUUUGUUGAAUGUUCGUCCAGGUCCAGACCUGAUCAGUUAUCUACCUGAAGGCAUUUUGUUCACUAUCUUGUCUCGACUUCCAAUUAGAGAAGUUGUUCGAACUAGUUUGUUAUCUACUAAAUGGAUUGAUCUAUGGAAAUCCAUCACCAAAGUAUAUAUUGAUGACCUUGCAUUCCAUAACAAAGUGACAAUAAACAAGGAAGACAUGGCUAAAUUUGUGAACUUUGUGACUGAAGUACUUCUUCACCUCAACAAUUCAACAAUUGAGGACUUCUCUCUCAUGCUAUCCAGCCAACAAUAUGAUCCAUAUGUGACUACUUCAUGGAUAUCAUGUGCAUUGAAAAAGCAAGUUAAAAAACUUCACAUUCAAUUUGCAGAUCAUGCCUCCAUCUCAUUAUGCUCCCCAUCCAACUACAAUUUUCUUUUGGAAUUAGUGCUUGACAUGGGUUGGACCAUUGAAAUUCCUUCCAUUUACUCUCUUCAGUUUUUGCAAGUGCUCAGACUUCAUAAGGUUAGAAUACUCAAAACUCAUAAUAAAGAUUCCAAUGAUAUAGUUCUGAACUUUCCAUCACUCAAAGUGUUUGAAGCAAGACAAUGUGUAUGGUCCAACAUCAUUCUACAAGCACCAAUGUUGGAAAGUUUUUCCUUUAUGAUAUUAGACAAUUGUCUAUCGCCUACUGAAUUGAAGAAACUACAUGGUUCUUAUUUCAAGAUUUAUGCUUCUCCUUUGGCAUUCUCAUACCAUGGUCAUCUACUGCAUGAUCUCAUUCUAUUAGACCCUCCAUCUUCUGUCAAAGCUUCCACUGUGGAACUCUUUUUUGAUGAAUGUAUUGAGGAGAGGAUUCAAAAAACCAGAAUCGGGUUGGAAAUGCUUCUAAGUCAUUUCCAUGAAGCUGAAAGCCUAAAAUUGAAGCUUAACAAUUUCAUUCAAGGGCCAAAUGAUCAUUAUUUUGCGAAUCCACCUAUAUUCGAAAGGUUGGUUUAUUUGGAAGUGGAAAGAGUUGGAGCUGAUACAUUGUUUAAUCUACUCAACAAUGCAAAAUAUCUCAGGACUUUAGUGCUGAAAAAUUCAACAUUUUCUUUUAAGGAAAAUAUCUUGACUUCUGCAGCAACACCUGAAUGUUUUAAUUCUAGCCUUAAGGAUGUUCAAUUCAAACAGUUUAGAGGGGUUUUUUGUGAAUUUACUUUGGCAAAGUUUGUGCUAAAGAAUGCAACGAUCUUGGAGAAGAUGACUAUCUUCCCACAUUCGCUACUACGAGAUUCAGAUGCGGGGUUUGAAGCAGUUAAAUGGAAGAUACUAUCAUAUCCAAGAAAAUCUAGUAGUGUUUCAAUUGAAUUUCCUAUCCAAUUUUAAGAGUACAAAUGGAAACUUCAUUCUAAAUCCUUUACAUAAACAAUAUAGAGUAGUUGUAAUUAUAUUGUCUAUGUUGUCUAUCUAGCUACC